UGCGAUUUGUUUACAAAAUGUGUUCAAAAGUAUUGGAAAUUGAUUUAAAGUUUUUAUAUUUAUUUUAUUAGACAUUCAAUGAACUGAUUAAUCAUUUGAUAUAAUUAUGAAUUCAUUUAAUGAGAUAUGAUUUGAGAUUAUAAUUGAUUUAAUUGUAAAUGAAUUGGUUUUAUAUGUAAUUAGUUUUUGUGACAUAAUUAGCAUUGAAUUCAUUGAUUGCUUGAAGUGUUUGUAAUGAAUGGAUGAAUGCAUUGAAUUGAAUGCGAAAUGAGUGGUAAAGAGACCGCAGAUAACAAACUGAGUCUCACUGAAGACCACUUCAGUCGAGACACUGAGGAGGAGAAGACCGAAGAAUUGAUCUCGACAUCGGCUCAGAUGGAGUCCACGAUUGCGAAACACAUUAACAUUCUUCGGAAUAUAACCGAUGAGAACGUGAAGAAGAAAUUAGUGAAGAAGAUAAUUGAAUUGCGGAUCAAAUUGAAUCAAUUGAAUGAUAUCAACGAGCAGUUGUAUGUUUGCGGACAUAAACUGAUGCCAAUGAAUGAGACAAAGAGUGGAUCACAACUGGUUUGCGAUCAAUGCCUCAAACGAUCGAAGGCUAAGAUAUUUGGUCUUAAGAAGAGUGACAACUAUUUGGUUGUUUGCCUCUUCUGUCAGUUUGUUGUCCACCGCUUCUGUCAAACCAAUUUAAUGAGGAAAUGUCCGAAACUUGUGUUUGAAGAAAGUGCUCUUAAUUACAAACAAAUCUAUAGCUCGCGUAACGUUAUCUUAAAGAUCUGUCCAGAAGUUGGUCUUUCAAACCAAGAGUUCCGGUGCGCGGAGUGUAAAGCAGUCAUCACUUAUAGAAAUAAUUCAGUGGUAAUUCCCGCCCGUAUUAUCCAUAACUGGGACUUCACUCCCAAAGCCGUCAGUCGGAGUUCUCUGCAAAUUAUUAAUUAUAUAAAACUGAAACCCGUUUUGUUUAAUAUAACUGAAUUGAAUUCAAUGCUCUAUGGCUUAGUCGACGAAUUGGCACAAAUCAAGGGAUGUCGCGGAAAGGGAUUCUUUUGUGAGUUAUGUCGCGAUAAAGAGGACCUUUUGUUUCCUUUUUCACCAAAUAUUGCGAAUUGCGUUAAAUGUUCAGCCGUUUACCACAAGUGA